UCCCCUCGACCUCGAAAAUGGCUUUUCCUAGGACGUUCCUAUUCCUUGUCUUCUCAAUGCUUCUCAUGGCAGUGAGCUGCGUCCAAUCUUCUUCUCAUUCGAAUUCUUCCGAACCGCGGGGCAUCAUUAAAGCUACUUACUACCCUUCGUGGAACGCGAACCUUCCUCCAUCCGCGAUCAACACGACUCUCUUUACUCACAUCUUCUACGCUUUCCUCUCCCCGAGCAACGUGACAUUCAAGUUUGAGCUGUCGAACACGACAGCGAUACAGCUCUCGAACUUCACUACUACACUUCGGUACAAGUACCCGACGGUAAAGACCCUUCUGUCCAUCGGUGGGUUCGGAGAAGGGCCCUUGUUUGCCAAGCUGGCCUCCUCUUCUUCCUCGAGAGGCGCCUUCAUAAACUCGUCCUUGGAGGUUGCGAGGAAGUUCGGGUUCGACGGACUCGACCUCGACUGGGAGUACCCCCAGACCCCGAAGGAAAUGGACUACUUUGGCGUCCUAUUGAAGGAGUGGAGGCUUGCCAUUAGAAAGGAGGCCAAGGCCUCAAACAAGCCCCAGCUAUUGCUCACGGCUGCCGUCUACUUCUCAUCCGACUUCUCCGCGACUGGGGGCUCACAGAAGUACCCGACUGCGGCAAUAAAUAAGUAUUUGAACUGGAUCAACGUGAUGUCCUACGACUACCAUGGGUCGUGGGACCCAUCAGCCACAGGGGCCCAAACGGCCUUCUUUGAUCCGAAGAGCAAACUGAGCUCGUAUUACGGGUUGAGGUCCUGGCUCAAAGCCGGCAUCCCCGGGAAGAAGUUGGUCAUGGGCCUGGCGCUCUAUGGGAGGACCUGGACUCUCAAGGAUCCGAAUGUCCACAGCAUCGGGGCCCCGGCAGUCAACGCAGGCCCCGGAAACGGCAUCCUCACUUAUUCCCAGGUCGAGGAAUUCAACAAGAACUUCAGCGCCACGGUGGUGUACGACCCGGACACCAUAUCAGUCUAUUCUUUUGCGGGAAAUUACUGGGUCACAUAUGACAACAUCGCCACCCUGACUGCGAAGAUUGCCUACGCCCAGGCCCUGAAGCUCCGUGGCUACUUCUUCUGGGCCCUCAGCUUCGAAAACGGUUGGACGAUUGCAUCCCAAGUGUCAAGGGGAUGGAUCCUUGAAGAGUGAUGAAGAGAUCUCUUUCAGCUCUUAACUAUGUUUUGUUUCAUGAAAUAUCUCCACACUACAUAUGCCGCUUAGUUUUACGAAAUUCUUUUACAGUCCCUGUUCUUUCUCAUCUCUUUCCUUUUCCUCCUCAUCAUAUUCUUUCAUUCAAUAAAUUGUUCUGUAACCGACAACGGAACGAACGGUUCUCCUGUAUGUCCGAGGCUGCGAGACUUUUGCUCUCGAAGUAUUAACAAUACUAAUUAAUU